AUGGGAGAAACCGCCGCUGUGAUUACGAAUGGUGCCACAAACGCCAACCACGACGCCUCGGACUCGGCGCCCCCUCCUAGCCAGGACGACCAGCCUCCUAUACCGAAGCCCCCGGACAUAGUAGUUAUAGAGAAACCAGCGUGCCCGCACACUCUCUCAGCGCAACAAGUCGCUGAUUACUUCGACACCGACCUCGACAAUGGUUUGACUACCGAAGACGCGGCCGACCGCCUUGCGCGGGACGGCUCCAAUGCCAUCAAAGGUGCCAAGGGACUUUCCAUCUGGGAAAUCUUCUUGCAGCAGGUUGCCAAUGCCUUGACUGUAGUCCUCAUCGCCGUCGCCGCCCUGUCCUUUGCUAUCAAUGAUUAUAUAGAGGCAGGCGUCGUCGUUGCAGUCAUUGUGCUGAACAUUGUCGUCGGUCUUGUUCAAGAUUACCGUGCCGAACAGACUAUUCAGUCCCUGUAUGCCCUGUCCACUCCAAAGUGCAAGGUCAUCCGUGACGGUAUUAGCGACACUGUCAAGGCAGAAACUCUCGUCAAAGGAGACCUGGUCUCCCUAGUCACUGGUGAUGUCGUUCCAGCGGAUUUGCGUCUUGUCCAAGGUAUCAAUCUCUCUACGGAUGAGGCCCAUCUGACAGGCGAAUCCGUCGCCAUCAGCAAGAAGCCCGACGCAAUCUUUGGCGAUGCCGACAUGCCUGUUGGAGACCGAAUAAAUCUCGUCUUCUCGGGCAGUUCUGUCACACGUGGUCGCGCCACUGGCAUAGUCGUUUCUACUGGCAUGGAAACUGAAGUCGGGCAAAUCGCGGAACUCUUGCGCCAAAAGAAAAAGGACACUGCCGAUAUGACCCCCACGAGAAAGGCAAUCCACACUGUCUGCCAAAGCAUUCGCAACAUUCUCGGACUUGAAGGCACCCCAUUGCAAGUUACUCUCAGCAAAUUCGCCCUAGUUCUCUUUGCUCUGGCUAUUCUCCUUGUCAUCAUCGUCUUUUCGGUCAGCCUGUGGAACAUCAAUGACGACGUCCUACUCUACGGCAUCUGUGUAGGUGUAGCAGUGAUUCCAGAAUCGCUUCUUGCUGUUCUCACCGUUACCAUGGCUGUCGCAACCAAGGCCAUGGUCAAGGGCCAUGUCAUUGUUCGCCAGAUGCCUUCUCUCGAAGCCGUCGGCGGGGUCACCAACAUCUGCUCCGACAAGACUGGAACACUCACCCAAGGUCGCAUGAUUACCCGUAAAAUCUGGCUACGUGACGACCUCACUGGAGUUACGCAAGAUACAUCGGACCCCUAUGAUCCAAGCAGUGGCAGCGUUACCUGGUCUGGCUCUCUCGCCGGUAGCUGCUUUGGUGCUUUCCUUAACACAAUCAAUCUAUGCAACAAUUCUACGGUCACGGAUGGGAAAAAGGAGCCCGAGACUGACACUAGCAGUGUCACGACUGCUUUUGAGCCGGCUGAGUGGCGAGCAGUGGGCGAGCCCACGGAGAUUGCCUUGAAAGUCUACGCCAUGCGAUACGGCCAGGUUCGAAACAGUGCGGACCAGCUGGUUGCCGAACAUCCCUUUGAUUCGUCGUGCAAGCUAAUGAGUGUGGUCUACGGGACUGGCCUCGAUGCGUCUCACCAUGUCCACACCAAAGGAGCCGUGGAAGUCAUGCUUCCAAUCCUGGAUGAGACUGAAGAGUUCAAAGCCGCUAUCCACGCCAAGGCUGAGCUGUUUGCCAGCGAAGGACUUCGAGUGCUUUGCAUCGCCGACAAAGUGGUUGAAAGUUCUACUAGCGAAGCUCAUGAUCGCGCAAAAUGCGAAUCUCGCUUGCGCUUCCUGGGCUUGGCCGGCCUGUACGACCCUCCCCGAACAGAAACCGCUGACGCCGUCCUUCAAUGCCGUCAAGCAGGCAUCUCUGUGCACAUGGUCACAGGAGAUCAUAUCAAGACUGCGACAGCUAUUGCCUAUGAAGUCGGUAUCCUGUCGAACCAUGCUCCUUUGCCCCCCAACACCGUCAUGGCAGCUUCUGAAUUCGCCAAUCUGAGCGACGAUGAAGUUGAUGCCCUGGAUGCCAUACCGCUAGUCAUCGCUCGGUGCAGCCCUCUGACAAAGGUCAGAGUUAUUCAAGCCCUUCACAGACGAAAGGCUUUCUGCAUCAUGACCGGCGACGGUGUCAACGACUCCCCGGCUCUUAAGCAAGCUGAUGUUGGCAUCGCCAUGGGUGACCGAGGCAGCGAUGUUGCCAAGGAGGCAUCAGACAUGGUUCUGACGGACGACAACUUUGCAUCCAUCGUCACCGGCAUUCAAGAAGGCCGACGACUGGCUGACAACAUCCAAAAGUUCCUGUUGCACCUGCUCACAUCCAAUCUUGCCCAAGUUAUUCUUUUGUUGAUUGGUCUCGCGUUCAAAGAUGUCGAAGGCAAUGCCGUCUUUCCCCUGUCUCCGCUGGAAAUCCUGUGGGCAAACCUCAUCACUUCGUCGCCGCUUGCUCUUGGACUUGGUCUUGAGGAAGCGCAGCGAGAUAUCCUGCGCCGGCCUCCUCGCAGUCUCCGUACUGGCGUUUUUACCAUGGACCUCGUUCGCGAUCAGCUCAUGUAUGGUACGUUCAUGGGAAGCCUGUGCCUGGCCGCAUUUAUGCUGGUGGCCUACGCGUCUUCUGGCAGCGGUUUCCACGACCUUCCGAUGGGCUGCAAUGAAGAGGGUGCCAUUGGCUGUGACCUAGUGUUUCGCGCUCGUGCAUCAACUUUUGCCACCCUGAGCUUUCUUCUCCUGGUCACCGCCUGGGAGGUGAAGCACUUCCACCGUAGCCUGUUCGCCAUGGACGAGCGCUUCAGCGGGCCGUCUGCCGUCUUCAAGACAGUAUAUCACAAUCGCUUCUUGUUCUGGUCGGUCAUCGCUGGAUUCGUCAUUACGUUCCCGGUUAUCUACAUCCCCUUUGUCAACACACACGUGUUCAAGCACCAAGGCCUCACUUGGGAGUGGGGUGUCGUUGCCGGCUGCGUGGCUGCCUAUGUAGCUCUUAUCGAGGGCUGGAAGGCGUUGAAGCGGAGGUUUGGUCUUGGUGUCGACGUGCUGCCCGCGGCUGUUUCGCCCGCAUAG